AUGCGUUCCUAUCUAUCUAUCUAUCUAUCUAUCUAUGAGGACAAUAGUCCGAAUAAUGUAAAUAAUCUAUCUAUCUAUCUAUGUUUGUAUCUAAAUAUAUUUGAUUUGCAAUUUAUCUAUCUAUCUAUCUAUCUAUCUAUCUCAGUCUGUUCAUAUCUAUCUCAGUCUGUUCAUAUCUAUCUAUCUAUCUAUCUAUCUAUCUAUCUAUGUCUGUCCUUUCUUUCUUUCUUUCUUUCUUUCUCAGUUGAUAUCUAUCUAUCUAUCUAUCUAUCUAUCUAUCUCAGUCUGUUCAUAUCUAUCUCAGUUUGUUCAUAUCUAUCUAUCUAUCUGUCUAUCUAUGUCUGUCCUUUUUUCUUUCUUUCUUUCUUUCUUUCUCAGUUGAUAUCUAUCUAUCUAUCUAUCUAUCUAUCUAUCUAUCUCAGUCUGUUCAUAUCUAUCUCAGUCUGUUCAUAUCUAUCUAUCUAUCUAUCUAUCUAUCUAUGUCUGUCCUUUCUUUCUUCCUUUCUUUCUCAGUUGAUAUCUAUCUAUCUAUCUAUCUAUCUAUCUAUCUAUCUAUCUAUGUCUGUCUAUUCAUAUCUAUCUAUACCCACCGAUUCUGCCGAUAUCCUCCACCCAGAGAUCUCUCGUCAAUCUUUUCUUCUUCUUAUCCGUCAUCUUUCUUUCUUUCUUUCUUUCUUUCUUUCUUUCUUUCUUUCUUUCUUCUUUUUUUCCUUCUAA